CAACCAAUUGACCGGUGUCUAGCAACUUCCCCGGAAAAUGAGUUGGCAGCCGCGCUGGUUCCUGUCUCGGUCACAUCGCGGGGCCGCCUGUCGGACACAGUACUGCGCGAGCCGCCGCAGCGAACUUUGAAACAAAGUUACUCCACAUAGUUGGACUGUUUAACAGCAUAGAGGAGAACGCGUCCCACUCAGCAACAUGCCGGCGGUUUCUAAAGGCGACGGGAUGCGCGGCCUGGCCGUGUUCAUCUCUGACAUCAGGAACUGUAAAAGCAAGGAGGCAGAGAUAAAGAGGAUAAACAAAGAACUGGCCAAUAUCCGUUCCAAAUUUAAAGGAGACAAAGCUCUGGACGGCUACAGUAAGAAAAAGUAUGUCUGCAAGCUGCUCUUCAUCUUUCUUCUGGGCCAUGACAUCGACUUUGGACACAUGGAGGCUGUCAACCUGCUCAGCUCCAACAAGUACACGGAGAAACAGAUUGGUUACCUGUUCAUCUCCGUGCUGGUGAACUCCAACAGCGACCUGAUCCGCCUCAUCAACAACGGCAUCAAGAACGACCUGAGCAGCCGCAACCCCACCUUCAUGAACCUGGCCCUGCACUGCAUCGCUAAUGUGGGCAGCAGAGAAAUGGCCGAGGCCUUUGCUUCUCAGAUUCCCAGCAUCUUGGUGGCAGGGGACACGAUGGACAGCGUGAAGCAGAGUGCCGCGCUGUGUCUGCUGCGGCUCAACAGGACGUCCCCUGACCUGGUCCCCAUGGGGGAAUGGACCGCACGAGUGGUCCAUCUGCUCAACGACCAGCACCUGGGGGUGGUGACAGCGGCCGCCAGCCUCAUCACCACUCUGGCCCAGAAGAGUCCCGAGGACUUCAAAACGUCCAUCGCCCUGGCCGUGGCGAGGCUCAGCAGGAUCGUGACCUCGGCGUCCAUCGACCUACAGGACUACACGUACUACUUUGUUGCUGCGCCGUGGUUGUCCGUCAAACUGCUGCGCCUGCUCCAGUGCUACACCCCACCUGAGGAUGCGGCGCUGCGAAGUCGCCUGACCGAGUGUCUGGAGACCAUCCUCAACAAAGCCCAGGAGCCGCCCAAGUCCAAGAAGGUGCAGCACUCCAACGCCAAGAACGCCGUUCUGUUUGAGGCCAUCGCCCUCAUCAUCCACUACGACAGCGAGCCCACCCUGUUGGUUCGAGCCUGCAACCAGCUGGGCCAGUUCCUGCAGCACAGGGAGACCAAUCUGCGCUAUUUGGCUCUGGAGAGCAUGUGCACGCUGGCCAGCUCCGAGUUCUCCCACGAGGCCGUGAAGACGCACAUAGACACUGUGAUCAAAUCCCUCAAGACGGAACGCGACGUGAGCGUUCGCCAGCGGGCCGUGGAUCUGCUCUACGCCAUGUGCGACCGCAGCAACUCCAAGCAGGUGGUGGCGGAGAUGCUGAGCUACCUGGAGAACGCAGACUACUCCAUCCGAGAGGAGAUAGUGCUUAAGGUGGCGAUCCUGGCGGAGAAAUACGCCGUGGAUUAUACCUGGUACGUGGACACCAUUCUCAACCUCAUCCGCAUCGCCGGAGACUACGUCAGCGAGGAGGUGUGGUACCGCGUCAUCCAGAUCGUCAUCAACCGAGAUGACGUCCAGGGCUACGCAGCAAAGACCGUGUUUGAGGCGCUGCAGGCUCCCGCCUGUCAUGAGAACCUGGUCAAGGUGGGCGGAUACAUCCUGGGGGAGUUUGGCAACCUUAUUGCUGGUGACUCGCGCUCCAGCCCUCUGGUCCAGUUCGAUCUCCUCCACUCCAAGUUCCACCUGUGCUCCGUGCCGACGAGGGCGCUGCUGCUGUCCGCCUACAUAAAGUUCAUCAACUUGUUUCCAGAGGUAAAGGCCACGAUCCAAGACGUGCUGCGCUCAGACAGCCAGCUCCGCAACGCCGACGUGGAGCUGCAGCAGAGAGCCAUCGAGUACCUGAGGCUCAGCAGCAUCGCCAGCACCGACAUAUUGGCCACGGUCUUAGAAGAGAUGCCUCCCUUCCCAGAGAGGGAGUCCUCCAUCCUGGCUAAGCUGAAGAGGAAGAAGGGCCCCGGCAACCUGCCCGACAUCGACGACGCCCGCUGGAAUGUGAACGGCAGCGGCGAGCACAGCGAGAGCACUGAGGGCACGGACAAGGGUCCCGCCCCCUUCACCGAUCUGCUCAACCUGAACUCCGCCCCUCCAGCCGCAGCCAGUCUGCUGGUUGACGUCUUGAUGGACAGCUCCACCCCGGCACCCGCGGUCGUGUCUGAGGACAACUUCUCCAGGUUUGUUUGUAAGAACAACGGCGUUAUCUUUGAGAACCAGCUGCUGCAGAUCGGACUGAAGUCUGAGUACAGGCAGAACCUGGGUCGCAUCUAUGUGUUCUUCGGCAACAAGACGCCCACGCAGUUCCUCGGCUUUUCGUCAUCCGUCACCUGCAGCGACGCUCUCAGGACUCAGCUGAAUAUCCACGCCAAGGCGGUCGAUCCCACCGUAGAAGGCGGGGCUCAGCUCCAGCAGAUCCUCAACAUUGAGUGUGUGUCCGAUUUCACAGACGCACCGGUACUGGACAUCCACUUCAGAUACGGCGGCGCUCUUCAGAACAUUGCGGUGAAACUCCCUGUGAUGCUGAACAAGUUCUUCCAGCCCACAGAGAUGGUGUCCCAGGACUUCUUCCAGCGCUGGAAGCAGCUGGGACUGCCUCAGCAAGAGGUUCAAACCAUCUUCAAAGCCAAACAGCCAAUGGACAGAGAUGUCACCAAUGCCAAGAUCAUAGGCUUUGGUGUGGCUCUGCUGGAUGCGGUGGAUCCCAAUCCCACCAACUUUGUUGGAGCCGGGGUCAUUCACACGAAGAGCACUCAGGUGGGCUGCCUCCUCCGACUGGAGCCCAACACGCAGGCAGAGAUGUACCGUCUCACCCUGCGGACCAGCCGGGAGGCCGUGUCCCAGCGACUGUGUGAUCUGCUCUCCGACCAGUUUUAGACCCCUCACAGCGCCCGUCACUGUCCUUGUCUCUAGAUAGAAUUAUGCUAUUGUACAGUGUAAAUUCUUUUUUAUUUGACUAACUCCACAUGUAAAUGAGGUGAACCAUAGCUUUACUAACCUCACUGCUUUAAACCGGCUGACCACCUUAGCCGGACGUUGCAGGCUGUGUAAAAAGGCUCUGAGGCUCCACGCUUCUCCACCGUGGAUCCAUUGCUCAGGUACUGCUGCUCUGCAUUAGUAGCAUUGAGUUGGUUGGAGGCCUCAGUGGCAGUGUAAGCUUACCAGUGAUCCCAGUGGUGAAACCUGUUGUUCUGAUGGCCUUUCAUGACGCUUAUGUGUGUAAAAAAAGCGCAUGCACAGACAUGGGAAGCUUUAGAUGACUUCUCGACCAUUUUGCACUUGAUAGUUUAAAAAAAAGUAUCCCAUAAGUUGAGCUGUGGAACCCUGAGAGACAGAAUCGUCUUCCUCUGAUGAUGUAAUCUUCCCUUAAAUGUUUUGGAUUGGCAUAUGAAAUGGGUGUAAAACAAGUUUUGCCUUUCAAAAAUACCCAUGUUGGUGUUAUGAGGCAGGAGUGCACCACUACUCCCUCAGGGGUCAGAGGGCAACGAGGAAGGACCCGUCCAAAGGGUGGCGGCUCCUCAGCGGCCUGCCACGCCGUGCGCACCGACAGACGAGAUUCGACAUCCUCACUUUCUUUCACUAAUUUUACUCGUCUUUCAUCUCAGGAGAAAAAGCUUUGCUUUGCAUUGUGGUUUAUUGUUUUGCAAAAUAAGUUUUUUGAAUGCUCCAAAUUGUUGAUGGUAUUUUUUGAGCUACACGUGCACGACGUUUAUUCAUAUAAUUCAGGCACUCUGAUUUAAACGGGAAUGUAAAAACAAUUUCUAACACUAGGUAGCAAAGGGAAACUGCGCUUGUGUUCCCAGAAUACUGCGUGUGAUGUCAUUUAUUUCACGUAGCCUAAACAAACCUCCUCACACAACACUGCCAACGUUUCCACAUGGUGUAUUUUCUGUUUUAUAUAAAGUGUACUUUUAUCAUGA